UACGAAGGGUUACAGUAUAUUAGGGUUGCAAUAGUUUUUGUAACGCUGAAAAGAUAAUAAAAAAUAUUCUCAACAUAAUUUACUCCAUAAAAUGAGUUUAUGUAGAAGAAUGUGUAUCCCUAUUUUAGGUCUCCGAAAUCUACAACGGGAAAUAACUUUAAGAACUUUGUGUAAUAUAGCCAAUAAAAAUAUAAACAUAACCUCUACGAAAGGAAAUUGUGAUCCAGUAAAAGUGUUUUAUAAUAGUAUUCGUCUUAAAUCUAAAAAGGCCAAAUAUGACUCUGAUGAUGAAGAUGAUAAAUUUGAUGAUGAUGACACAUCACUAACAAAGGAUUCAAAAGUCGUUAAAUUCAGCACAACAUCCAUGAGAGCAGACGUCAUCUUGAAAUCAGGCCUAGGUAUAGCGAGGAAUAAAAUAGAACAAUCAUUCUACGAAUGUAAAAUAAGAAUAAAUGGCAAAAAACUGAGCAAGAAAAGUGCUACUGUUAGGCCCGGUGAUGAAGUAGAUGUAAUAAAAAUGGUAAGCCCUAAUAAUCCUGAACACUUGUAUAUUUCCCGAGUUGAAGUCAUAAAUGUAGUACCCAAGGAAGAAAAUAUAGCAAUAACAGCGAGAAGGUUCAAAAACCUUCUCAUAGAAAACUAUGAUGAAGAUCCAUAUAAAGGCAGAAUUAGUGAAAAUGACUCAUAAACUGCUUGAAAUGCAUUAUUUGUGACAAGAUACACACUAUUAAAAAUACACUGUUAGAACAAAGUAAGAUGAAUUAAAUGGUCUAUCUGUUACAGAUUAUUGAUUCCAAUCAAGUUUAGUGUAUAAAUUGUUAAGUUAUUGAGGUUUGUAAAUAGGAGCCAAAAUAAAAAUAUAACAAUUUAUAAAA